CUCGCUACUCACGCCCGCCCGCCACAGCCACCAAUUCCUGACCUUUCCCAUUUUCCCAUUAAAAAUUCCCCCCACAUCCUCGCUCCCCAAACACUCUCCCCUUUGCUUCUUUCGUGUUCGCCGGCGAUUAAAUCUGGCACUCCGGUCCAACUGUUGCCGGGUAUCCUGGGUUUCCGGCCGGCGGACUGAGCGUGAUGCGUUCUCAGGAGGAGAAUUCCGAUUGGCUCUUCGAUUAUGGCUUGAUCGAUAACAUAUCCGUUCCAGGCGGUGACCUUCCCUCUCUCGGCCCCGCUUUCGAUUGGGGCUCUAGCGCUAUCGCCGCUUCGGCUGGUCUCAGCAUGGAUGCGGAACACUCAUUUGGAAAUUCAGAUGCUAAGGAAUGUGGCUCCAGAAAGAGGGUGAGGUCUGGAUCAAGUUGUGGCAGUGGAUCUGACUCAAAAGCAUGUAGGGAGAAGAUGCGGAGGGAUAGGCUGAAUGACAGGUUCCACGAGUUAAGCUCCAUACUGGAGCCUGGUAGGACACCCAAAAUGGACAAGGCUGUUAUAUUGAGUGAUGCUGUUCGAAUGCUGACUCAGUUAAGAGAUGAAUCCCAAAAACUCAAGGAUUCUUGUGACAGCUUGCAGGGGAAGAUAAAUGAAUUGAAGGCUGAGAAAAAUGAACUUCGAGAAGAAAAGCAGAAGCUGAAGAUGGAGAAAGAGAAACUCGAGCAGCAAUUAAAAGUGCUGGGCGCUCAACCCGCCUUCUUGGCUCACCCUUCUGCAAUUCCUGCUCCAUUUGCUGGCCCCGGCCAAGUUGUUGGCAGCAAACUGGCGAUGCCGUUUAUUAGUUACCCUGGAGUUCCAAUGUGGCAGUUGAUGCCACCCAUUGCAGUUGAUACCUCGCAGGACCAUGUUCUUCGCCCUCCAGUUGCUUAAUUCAGGUGGCCCUUUCCAGGGAAGCUCUUGGGCCUCAGCAACGACAUUCUUUCGUGAGAUGACCUGAUUAUAUUAGAUAGGGUAUGCUGUUGAACAUAGUGGCAACUUCUUUUGGUUGCAUAUUAGGCUAUAAAGUUUUGCCUGUCUAGUAUAGUAAUUUGAUGCAAUUUGAUGAUACUACCGAUGCACGAGACAUCUGUAGAAAAAAUAAAGCCAUUUUUGAACA